AUGAGGGGUGGAUCGAUGGUCUGUUGGAAAGAGACGACCUCUGGCGGCGCGGUCCGGAGCGCUCAGGCAGUGUGCGGGGACCGCCGCCGUGGCAUGGCCGCGUGUGUUCCCAUUCACGGAGCUCCAUUUGAACGUCAGUUCUACUACAAUCAAAAUCCUUUACGGUACGAGAGAGCUUUAAAAAAAUUUAGAUGCGCCACAGUGCAUAGCUUACAGUACGUG